UGGCGUUUCGGUUGGCAAAGUAAAUCGUGAUAGGCUAGAUCUGUCAAAAUUAAAACCUAGAUCUUAAGUAAAUCAAGGUCUCUAAUAGUGUUCGCAACGUUCUUUAGUUUCAAUUUAAUAACAUUCACAAAUAGCAGACGUCACGUGACAAGCUGACGACAUCUGCUCGAUAUUAGUCCGGAGUAUUUCCUAUUGUGACUGUACGUAAUAUGCAUUAUAAACACUUUGUUCUUGAAGCAGGCUAUUACACUUUUGUGAUAUUAUGAUCAAGGUUUUAUUACAAGGUUUUUCACGAACAAGUUGAAGGAAAGGUGAAGAAGAGAGAAACCCAAGAAAAGUGAUAACUUGUUGCUAUGGAAACUUUAGAAGUGUCUCUGGACAUGUGAAACAAGACAGACAUCUUGAUCUAGACAGAUCUUAUAAUGUAGACAAACCUUGUGAUAUGGGCUUUGUGAAUCAGACAUUAUUACAAGAAGCUAAGAUUUAUUGAAUCAGUUUCAGGAUGGUAGUCACAAUCUAUUUAACGCUGAUUCUGUCCUUGGCAUCUAUGAGCGAUGCUACAACAUCCAAAGUAUCAUCGACAAGCACUGUAGCGCCAUCUAACACAGUAACAUACAGCACAAUGGCAUUGUCAGACAGCACAACAGCAUCGUCAAACAACACGACAGAAAAGUCGAACAACACGACAGAAAAGUCGAACAACACGACAGAGUUGUCGAACAACACGACAGAAAUGUGGAACAACACGACAGAAUUGUUGAACAACACGACAGAAUUGUCGAACAACACAACAGAAUUGUCGAACAACACGACAGAAUUGUCGAACAACACGACAGAGUUGUCGAACAACACGACAGAAAUGUGGAACAACACGACAGAAUUGUCGAACAACACGACAGAAUUGUUGAACAAAACGACAGAAUUGUCGAACAACACGACAGAAUUGUCGAACAACACGACAGAAUUGUCGAACAAAACGACAGAAUUGUCGAAUAGCACAUUAUCGUUCAAAAACACGACAGCAUCGUCAAACAACAAAAACUCUUCAGCACUGACCAAUAACAAUGUGACAGAGACAAUAGACAAUGAUUUGAUUAUCACUGUAUCAGUUGCAGGGUUUAUACUUCUGCUAAUGUUUGCCUUUGUUGUGGUUUAUUUUGUGCGGCAUGCAAUGUCGCCAAGAUACAAGAAAGUUACCGAACCACAGGAGCCAAGACAAAAUUUUGAAAUGAUUCGUUUUCCUUCAAACCUCAUCUGAAAAUGUCAUUUCUCGCGCCCUGGUGUAUACUUGUUUUAAACCAAAAAAAAUAUCUAUGUUUCUUAGAAAUUGCAUAAAGACUUCGUUGUUACGUAUAUGGAAUGCAUAUUUAUGUAUCAUAUGUUAGUGUAUACAGAGAAAGAGAGAGAAUGGACAUAUCUAUAUACAAGUAACUAGGAGCAUGUUGGCUCAAUCAGAACAGUUUAACACAUAACCUGGGUUCAAAUGCUGCUUGAUAUCAUUAAGGGAUAUUAGGUCAUUCUCGAAUUCUGUUGUUUGUUAAGGGUCGAGCUUGCGACUUAAGGGAAGGACUUUACUCAGAGGCCAGGAAUGAGGGAUGGCUCUACUCUGGCCCCUCCAAUCAGCUAGAUGAUCGUUUAACCACUUCUAUUGAUAACCACUGCUCUUGACCCCCGUUAAGGAUAUUCAUGUCGAGAUUAAUGAAGGCAGGCAUGCAGUGUUUGGUGUAGUUACAUUCUUGUAGGCCCAUACACGUUAAAGCAUUAGAGUUUUUAUAAAAUGUAUGUAUGUUCAUUUUCAGGUGUACGAAAUAACCAUAUUUUGUUUAUU